ACUAUGAAGACCGCCCACCACAGGCAUCCAACUAGAGACCCCAUAUAGAUUUAAAAAGCGAGACUGAAUCCGUGUGUAUGACAGUCACUGAGUGCAAAGCAUCGGCGCAACAUCUGUCAGCCUGUUUUCCGUCUCUCCAACGCGCGUCUCCACUUCAUACUGAGGAUGCUACAGUUCCCGCAGCUCCGCCAAGGCGGGAUCGCGCUUCUCAUAUGGUUCGCGCACUUCAUGGAACAGCAGAAAGUUCAAGCCGGCAACUGCUGGCUUCAGCAGGGCAAGAACGGAAGAUGCCAGGUUCUGUACAUGUCCGGGAUGAGCAGAGAGGACUGCUGCAGGAGCGGUCGACUGGGGACGUCGUGGACAGAGGAAGAUGUGCCCAACAACACCCUGUUCAGAUGGCUGAUCUUCAAUGGCGGCGCACCCAACUGUAUACCUUGCAAAGAGACUUGCGAUAAUGUGGACUGUGGUCCCGGAAAGAAGUGCAAAAUGAACAAGAGGAAUAAACCGCGGUGUGUGUGCGCCCCAGACUGCUCCAACCUCACCUUGAAGGGGCCGGUGUGUGGCUCGGAUGGGAAAACGUACAGGACCGAAUGUGCCCUCCUCAGGGCCAAGUGCAAGAAACAUCCCGACCUGACCGUACAGUACCAAGGAAAAUGCAAAAAGUCGUGCAAUGACGUCCGCUGUCCUGGAAGUUCGACGUGCGUACUGGACCAGACCAACAACGCCUACUGUGUAACCUGCAACCGGCUUUGCCCCGAAGUGAUCUCGCCCGAGCAGUACCUGUGCGGGAACGAUGGGAUCGUGUACGCCAGUGCCUGCCAUCUCAGGAGAGCCACUUGCAUCCUGGGAAGGUCCAUCGGAGUGGCGUAUGAGGGGAAAUGCAUAGAUGCCAGAUCGUGCGAAGACAUCGAUUGCCGGGAGGGACGAAAGUGCUUGUGGGAGAAGACGACGGGACGAGGACGCUGCUCGGUGUGCGACGAAUCGUGUCCCGAGAGUCGCCCGGGCGACAGCGUUUGCGCCGGCGACAACGUCACUUACCAGAGCGAGUGCGUUAUGAGGCAGGCCGCAUGCUCGUUGGGUCUCGUCCUAGAAGUCAAACACUCGGGCUCGUGCAACUGUAAGUAGGAUGCUUAAUCCGGCCACAAAAUCCACCCUUCCCAACCGUGAUCUCCUUCAUUUCUCCUCUAUCAAAAACCACACUCCCUUCCAUACGAGGCGGCACGUUGUCGGAGAGCUGGUGCUGCAUGUGGCUUUGCAUGGGCUUCCUCGACUGCAACUCAUUCAAGAAGCGUGUUUCAACUCAGUGGCACAGAACGUUUUCUGGAGACUUUCAAAAGCAGAUGUUCAGAGACUCGGUUUUAACUCAGAAUCCCUGGAAGGAUUGCGAUUCAGGAAUGCGAGACGGCUCUGAACGUUCUGCUCUUCCGCAUUGGUAACACUGUCUAUGCAUCAGAGGCGGAAACGUCUAGACUGACGGAAUUGACAAAUCGUGUGGAAAGGGACAUGGGGACAUAAACUCGGUUGUCGUUGUCUGUGCCUCUCAAAUGCUCAGUGAUCAUCGCGUGAUGGAGCUAAAAGACUGAACCUGGUCCCAUCAUAGUGCUGCAAUACAGAGGACAGAAAUGAAAUGCCACUAAUAUUUAAAAUGGGGGCAGACGUGUUCCUGUUGUGAAUUCUUCAUCUUUUUAAUAUAUAAAUAUGUUUCUGUUAAAUAUUUUGAAGUAUUUGAAACAAACGGAAAGUGUGUUGUGUGUUUUAUAUGGUUGGUGAAAGUAUGCCCUCAUAAAGUCUAAUGUAGUGGCAAAUGUAAGAAAUGAAUUUCUGAGACUUUGCAACAUCGUAGCUAACAUGUCAACUUGCCGAGCACUAUCGUCUUUGUGUAAAGGGACUCCAUUUUUUGCAUUUUACGCAUACCAAUGUGAUAAUGACAUGACCUGUGUUUUGUUCUUGUUUUCUAUGUUAAACUAUUUCUAAUACAAAAAUACUAUAAAGCCACUUUUCCAAGAGGAUUUCUUUGUAUGUAAAACGUCUCCAAAGCAGAACUUCAUUCUAACCUUGUACUGUUCGCAGAAGGUCUAGCAAAUCUCAUGCGGAAAAAAUGUGAAUGUUUUUAUGUUUAUUAUAAACAUGUUUAUACGGUAAAAUGAUUAGCUUGACCACGAGCUAAUGCCGUAAACUGGAAACAUCUUUACCCGGCCCGGCUUUGUGUGUGGUAUUGACAAAUCAUUUCGCAUUUCCAAAAGCUCGACACUAUUUUGUUUAUAAGAAGGGAUUAGGUAAUGUUUCUUCGCUCGCUUUUGUUUUGUUUUGUAAAGUAGAAUAGAGGAGAUUGUCUCCGCUAAUAGAAGGCAGAGGUAGGGCACCAUUCCAUAGAGUCCCUUUCUGUCUGUUCAGGCAUAAACACCUCAAAACCCCAUCCCAUCCUCUUAAGAUGUGACCUUGCGUGAAUUGCCAGGCAUCAUGCUUUGUGAUGCUUUGGGAGAAAGCUUUUCAGAGCCACGCAGGAAGACUCUGUGCCUCCAUUUUGUUGUGUUUUACAUUAAUGCAUCAGCCACUGUGUUUCUCUCAAUAGCUCUAUCUCUGAUCGAUGAAUAGGACACGGAGGAAGAUCACAUGGAUUAUAGUCAUCUAUCUCUGUUAUUGACUGGAUAAACCACCGGCAUGAUCUGGACAUGAGUCAUGUUCAUAAUGUACAUUCUUGUACUCUUUAUUUAUUUUCCAUGGCCACAUGGAAGAUGCUUAUUGUUCCUUGAUGUUUAUUUAUGCAAUUUCUCCUUCUUAUUUAUACCUUCAUAGUCUGAAUAAAUGAGUUGUGUCUCGUCUUUUUUCACAUUUUUGAAAGUAUUUAUUUUCACAUGCAAUGUUACUCUGUUAAAUUUUGUGAAAAAAGACUUUUGUCAACUGAAAUAUCUGCAGCAAGGGUGCAUGUUUUAUUUAUUUGUAAUCUAAUGUUCACUAAUAAAUGUAUUUACCACAGCUCUGUUUACAAUCACAUCUGACAUUUGUCAGUAAAUUUGUAUUUUUUUGCAACAUGUAUGUUAUACAAAUGAUGAAUUUUUUUAAAGACUUAAUAUACCCUGAUGCCGGUUUUUUUUUUGGCCUGUGUUUUAUGUAAGCGCUUGACAUUUGAAACUUUUUAUUCAUGUAUUAUGUAGGAUUUCCGAAAUCGAUCUUUGCAUUGUUUAUCUUCCAUAUAUUAUUUGUCUUCAGUUUAGAGAUCCAAUAAAUGUUAUAGUUUUGCAUUUGUA